GACGUUGAUGUCAUCGUGUCUACGAAAUCGGGCGUCGGACUGUCUCAGCUCUUCUGGCAAACUGUGCUACAGCCUCUUUGGAACUCGGUUGACGAGCUGUCAUCUGAAGUAAACGUCGUCAUCACGCAGGACGAGCACAGCGUUCGCAAUUUCGCCCAGUCACUUGCUUCUUCAAUCUCCAAAUCAAAAAGGACAGUCGUGCUCCUCAGCGGCGACGGCGGCAUCGUCGAUCUCAUAAACGGCGGCCCUCACGAUGCGCAGCAACAACCUCUCUUGGCUGUUCUCCCUCUGGGCACGGGAAACGCCCUCUUCAGCUCGCUGCAUAAGCCCCUCUGGGUCUCUCAAGAUGGCAAAAUCCAAGACAUCUCCUCCAUUAUUCUCGGCCUGAGAACAUUGUUCAAGGGCGUCUCUGCCAAUCUGCCUCUCUUCUACGCAUCUUUCCCCUCUGGAUCACGCAUUGUGAAAUUCAAACCUGCCGCAAAUAAAGAGGAAGAAAUCCCAGCAGAGGACAACAGCGCCGCAGCAGCGCUCCAUCUCGCAAAGGAAGAGAUCCAAGUCUCGCAUCUCUACGGCGCCGUGGUGGCCAGCUACGGCUUCCACUCCAGCCUCAUCUACGAGAGCGACACGCCUGAAUAUCGCGUCCACGGGGACAAGCGCUUCGGCAUGGUUGCAGAGCAACUUCUCCGUGAAUCUCACCCUUAUAUCGCCCAGGUGGACGUUCGUCACCCGUCUUUGUCAGAGUGGGAGACGAUUCCGAGAAACGAGCACACCUACGUGCUCGUCACGCCGCUGUCCAAUCUGGAGCGCACAUUCACAAUCUCGCCUGCAAGUAAGCCCCUGGACGGGAAACUUCGCCUGGUGCAUUUCGGUAACAUUGGCGGUGAGCGGACGAUGGAUGCCAUGAUGAAGGCGUAUGAUGGGGGCAAACAUGUUGGCUUGAAGUGGGAUGAUGGACACGAGGUGCGGUAUGAGGAGGUAGAUGAGGUGAGAGUCACGAUUCUGGAAGAGGAUGAGCGGUGGCACAAGGUGUGUAUCGAUGGGACGAUUGUGGACAUUCCAAAGGGGGGGCAGUUGUCUGUGAGAAAGGAGGACAAGAGCGGUUUCCAGAUUUUGGUC